AUGUCUUCACAAAACAACAAUCAGCAGCCCUCUCUUAUUGGCGGCCACGUCGAAUACGUCAAGGGAGCCACAGAAUCAGCUAUUGGCAGCGUUACUGGCUCACAGGCUUGGACUACCUCCGGAGAGCAAGCCAAGGCCCAUGCCGUAGAUACCAUGAAGACGGCUGGCGAGAACCGCGAUUCAUCUCAAGGAUUCGGCAAGGUCGAACAGAAGUUGGGUCAAGCUACAGGCUGUGAAGGUAUGGUCAAAGAGGGGGCAGCUAGUAAGAAAUCUGAAUAA